AUGCAAGAAGCAUCGGCAGAAACCACUUCAAAGACCGAGACUCCAGCUGCGGCGAAAGCACAGACUGUAGUAGAUCCAAACGAUGUAUUGGUAUUAAAGGGACAUCAAAGCGAGGUGUUUUCAUGCUCAUGGAAUCCUGUGGAGCCGUUAUUGCUAGCAUCGGGAUCCGGUGAUGCUACAGCAAGAUUAUGGCGGGUCCCAGAGGGUAAUGAGGCAGUGCCUCCUCCUGUGAUAUUGAGCCAUUUACCAAAUGUAAAUGAAAGCAAGGAUGUUACGACGCUUGAUUGGAAUCCAUCGGGUACGCUGCUGGCUACAGGUUCUUACGAUGGUCAAGCACGUAUAUGGACCUUGAAGGGUGAACUACGAUUCAUCAUGGCACAACACCGUGGCCCAAUAUUCUCGCUGAAAUGGAACAAAAAGGGCGAUCUUAUUCUGAGCGGCAGUGCAGACAACUCGACAUGUGUAUGGAAUACGGAAACGGGCGAAAUGAAGCAGCAAUUCAAUUGCCAUUCACUAGCUAUUCUAGAUGUCGAUUGGAUGGACAAUGUCACAUUCGCAUCAUGCUCUUCCGAUAGAAAUAUCUAUGUGUGCCGCGUAGGGGCAACAGAACCACUGAGAAAAUGGGCAGGACACGACGACGAAGUAAAUGCUGUACGCUGGGAUCCUACGGGUCAGUAUCUCGCAUCGUGCUCUGACGACAUGACGACCAAGAUCUGGUCCAUGGCAUCCGAUCAACCAGUUCAGGAAAUCCGGGGGCAUCAGUUGCAGAUCUACACAUUGCAGUGGGCGCCAAAGACAGACAACGGACCACGGAUAUUGGCUACAGCAAGCUUUGAUGCGACUGUACGCUUAUGGGAUGCAUUGAGCGGCGAGUGUCUUCAUGUACUACGGAAUCACACAGAGGCCGUUUAUUCGAUAUCAUUCAGUCCGGAUGCACGAUUACUGGCAACAGGCAGUUUUGAUGAGCUACUAAAUGUGUGGAAUACAAAGGAUGGCGCAUUGCAAGAAACAUUCAAGGCCAAUGGCGGCAUAUUUGAAGUUCACUUUAAUAAAAAUGGCGACAAGCUGGCAGCUUGUACGUCUCACAAGCAGGUACGUGUCGCACAUCUUUCCUAG